AUGUUAAAUAGACAUAUUGAAUCAGCUAUAGAAGCAUCAGCUAUGCGAUGUCCACAAAUUUUAAACAAUCAAUUAUGGAUUCUGUUUUGGGCACAAGCUGAAAAACUUGUUCAAUUUCUUUUUAUUCUUCUUAAUACACUUUCAUUAUUAGUUCGACCACCAAUUGUCAAUAGACAUAUUUUGAAUGUUAAUCAGACAUGUUUUGAAACCUUAACAAAAAUAGUUCAACGUGAUCUUCUUGCUGGUCUUAUUGAUACACAUGGAAGAAAUCAUUUACGUUUAAGCUUAUAUUCAUUAUCAAUUAGAUCAAAUCCUGAUUUACCAAGUCUAUCAUUAUCAUCGGAAGAUGAAAUGGCUCUUUCAGCCAAUGGUGUUACUUCAUUUGAAAAGCCAAUGGGUGAAACAUCUCAAGGUGUUGUCAAAGAUAGGUUAUUCAACAGAAAUCUUCCAACAACGAAAAGUAAACAAAUAAUUUAA